AUGGCGAUAAAAUCCUUGGCUCACAAUUUUAUCAAAGUGAAAAUUGGAGAUGGCAAAUCUACCCUUUUCUGGUUUGAUAACUGGACCUCUCACGGUCCCUUGAUUGAGUUUGUCGGGGAACUUGGGCCCCGUCUCUUGAGGUUGAACAGAUAUGCGACGGUUGCCGAUGCUGUGUCUGCUGGAAAUUGGUCACUUCCCCCGGCUAGAUCGGACAACAUACAGGAGCUUCUUAUCUCGCUGGCGGAAGUCCGACCCCCAUCGGCAGAAGCUGGGGACGACACUUUGUUGUGGAAACAUGAAGCUCACGACUUCAAACGCUUCUUCUCGUCUGCCAAAACGUGGAAGCAGAUCCGUCAAUCAAAACCGAGGGUUGAGUGGCAUUCAUUGACCAUGCAGCAGCGACUCCCUACUAGGGAUCGAUUGCGUCGAUGGGGUCUACAAACGGAUGACAAGUGCGUGUUAUGUGGAGUAGAGGAGGAAUCCCACCACCACCUUUUCUUCGAGUGCUCUUAUAGUGUCAAUCUAUGGCUCUAUUUUGCUUCUUGCUGUUGGAGUUCGCCGCCGGAUAAUCUAUACGACUGUCAUUCUUGGAUUACUCAGGCUGGAAAUGACAGGGGCAAAAACAGGGAAAUUCUCUCGAAACUGAUCCUACAAGUGACGGUACAUCUACUGUGGAAUGAGCGUAACAACAGGAUAUUUCGGAACAUAAUGAAGCCGAUAGAUAUAUUGCGUAGGCGCUUGGAUAAGACGAUGCGGAACUUACUGCUCUCGAUGAAGGAGAGGAGGGCUACAGAUAACAAUUUUCUGGUGGAGCAUUGA